AAAUAUUUUUAUUUUGUUUUCCUCUCGAUGAAAAUCAAUUCAAAUGGAUUUCUAAAGCAUGUUUUGGUCUUUGAUUUUCUGCUACGACUGACUGUCAAUAUAAACAACCAGAAGACACCAGUGAUUUUUUUCUCUCAUUUAAAUCGGACCUUCGAGUUGUCAAUUUAUUGGCUCUUUAUGGCGGAGUAUUAAAGGGUUUGUUGGCGAUUGCAGAAUCCGGAUUUAAUAAAUAUUUACAGGGUAGAGCAGCAGGGUAUAUAGGAUAGAUGUUACUAAUCCUCGACUCCUAGCUAUGACGGAUGAUUUGUUGGAUAUUUUUCUCUCCAAAAUUAGAAUAAGGAAGAGGUGAAUGCCUCUUUUUCUUGGAGACUGACAUUGAUGGAUUUGAAAUUGGAUUUAUUUUCUAUGGAAAGUGAAGAACAUGUUGAAAGAAGGGCUAAGAUUCUCAUUCCUGAACAUCAUACGACCACCUCGUUUUCAACUGUCUUUGAUAUUGCAGUAUAUUUUGUUUUUGACUGUGGUAAUAUUUGUUCUUAACAACACGAGUACCUUACCACCCCCUCCAAUAAAUACAAAUGAAUACUAUUGUGAGAAGGAUUUUGGAUAUUCAAAUGUUUCGCUAGAUGAAAUUUUAACUGGAAAAGCCAACUCUUUAAACAUUAACAACUUUACAUACAUUUACAACCCUAACAAAACAUGUAAGAAAUAUUCAAGAACAACUUUACUUGUACUUGUGAAAUCAGCGGCUGGUAAUUUUAGGAAGAGGCGUUUUAUCAGAGAAACAUGGGGCAAAGAUGCUAAAAAAAGAGGAUUCAGAGUUUCCUUUCUUCUUGGGUACAGCGAGUCGGAUAGAGUGUUCGUGGAUUAUGAACACGAGUUUCACAAGGAUAUCAUUCAACAAGAUUUUCAGGACUCUUACGCAAAUAAUACUUAUAAAAUUAUGAUGGCAUUUGAUUGGAUAUUAAAAUAUUGCAAACGUGCAAGCUAUAUACUCAUAGUGGAUGAUGAUAUGUACGUGAAUGUUCUAAACACCAUCAAUUUCAUUUUGCAAGCAGAUAUGGAUAGACAUAAUUAUCUUUAUAGUGGAUAUCUUAUCAAGGAACCGCUUCCAGAUCGAAAUAAUGAAAGUAAGCAUUAUAUAUCUGAAAAGGACUAUCCUUAUCUGUGUUAUCCACCCUAUAUAGCAGGUGCUAGUAUAUUUCUGAAUAAGAAUACAGUAAAUCAAUUCUUUAAUGUUAUGUCAUAUAUUCCGUAUAUUCCAUUUGAUGAUGUUUUUAUAGGAUUUCUUGCUCAAAAACUUCAUAUCAAACCGUCCAGUAACUCUUUAAUUAGACUAGGAGAACAUUCCUUUAAAGAUGAUAAAGCAAAUGAAAUUAGCUGCAUUAUAUCGCAGCAUGGAUAUGAGGUUGGAUAUAAGUUUCGGAUUGCAUACAAUACCACACACACGCAUGUUAAGACUUCUUUUAAAUUGUUCGAAAAAGAUCUUCAGCAAUAAUGAUGGAUAUUUGAGAAUUUAGAUGAAUGAAGUUAAAUGCCAAAGAUCAUAAUAUAUGAUUGAUAUGGAUGUUGAAGGGAAACCCUACUUAUUGAUUUGCGCCGAGAAAUGUUCACUGAAAUUAUAAUUCUAUUCUUGAAAUGCAAAAAAACCAGAAUAUUUCGAAAGAUGAAAUGUUUGUUAAUUAAAUUUUUGGUGAAGGAUCGGACAAAGUCGAAAUAAUGAAUGGUAGCAUGGGGUCUCCUUCCACGUUUAUUAUCAUAAGAGAUUAUGCAUUUUUUUCUACUUAGUUUUGAUUAAGGGUAAACUGUUGACGUGCUUCUGUAUGCUUUUGUACUUGGGAGGUGUCUUGAUUACUAGAUGUGAUUGAAUGCAUUGCAUAAUGAGGAAAAAACCGCCGCCAUCUUGAUAAAUAACCUGAAUUUGCAAUAAUCAGGCAAAGGUUUUAUGUCAUUCUUGGCUUUUUUCCUUGAAUUCUUUUGUUUCUUUCAUAACAAAUUAACAAAAACUUUAAAGGCAUGUGUGAUUGUUUUGUAUUUUAUUUUAACCUUGGGACGAUUUUGUUUUAUUCUUAUUUUUUUUUUUGAAUUGUUCUUUUACUUCCUUGACAACAUAAACAAUCAUUUUAAAUAGAUUGUUCAGUUUGUAUUGUCAAACUUUGUGUUCGAUUUUUAUCAUUUAGUGUGAAAUGUAUAAUUACAAAUAAUACAUGUAAUCAAUCAUUUUGCUUUCUUACAUUAUACACAUUCGUUCUGCAUAAAGAAUAUCUGCUUAAUAUAAGACUAAUUUUAUUAUGUAUCAUGGUUACAUACUUUAAUGGUAAUGAUCUAUAUGAAAAAAAAACUCCAAAAUGGUUUUUGGUCAUCUGUUUAGUCACGGAAACAAACAGCUUUGUAAAAAAAAAAUUCACUAUGGCUGAUUAAAAUAUGCGUUUUUAGGAGUUGAAAAUAUCCAUUGCAGCAGGGUUUUUGUUGUUAUUUUUUAAAAAACUAUUUUUUAUUUAUGUUUUUAUCAAACAAAUCAAGAUUAAUGUAGAAAAAAAGAUAAAUCGGUGUCUUCAAUGGCUUUGACCAUUGAUUGUAAUGGGUGUGGAAGUUCGCAAAAAAGCACUUCUUAAUAAUAAGGCAGCUCUCAUAGCUCAAAAAUUACCAAGAGUAUUUUUAUAAUUUACACUAGUCUAAAGGAAACUUUUACUAGCUUAAAGUCUACUAGGAAAGCCAAUAAAAAAGUAAUUUUAAUAUUAACGCAGAUCUAGUCAACACAGUCUGUAGAAGGGCUAUACACCCUUUGGAUAUCUUAGAAUAACCAUUUUACGUAAGUGGUGCAUAUAAUUUUUUAUAUUCCUUUAUUUUUCGAAAUUGUUCGAGAUAAGCGACCUGGAACUACGCACUAACAGCGCACAAGUAAGGUCCCCCUAUGUGAGUGUUUAAACCUUUAUUAAUCACUGUUUUCUUGCAAUGACUUUUGAAAAGUUGGUGAAAUAUUAAAAGAUACAUAAGAGAGAACUGAGAUUGAAGUUUUUUGUCUAUAUGCUCAUGUAGCUACUUAAUUUUUGUUUCAAUGCUGCUGCUUUACAAGCGACAAAAAGUUGUCAAGAACUGUUUUUAAUAUUUUAUUGACUUGUUUAUUGAGGUAUACAGUCUGCUUAUUUAUUUAUAUCUUCAGCUUCUAAUGACUUCUAGCAAUAAAUUGAUGUGCACAUUAUUUUUAAAAAUAUUUUAUAAAUGUGAAUAUAAUUUUAAAUACUCAUGUUUGACCUGCCAUUCCGUCCUUCCAUUCAUAAUGAAUUGUCUAUUUCCUUAUAAUUAAAAAAUGUUGUUUUGAUUU